AAGGCUCUAUUGAAGAAUGUCUGGAAGUUUCUAUUUUGUGAUAGUUGGUCAUCAUGAUAAUCCCAUAUUUGAAAUGGAAUUUCUGCCUCCUGGAAAAGUAGAGUCCAAGGAUGAUCAUCGCCAUCUCAACCAGUUCAUUGCCCAUGCUGCUCUUGACCUAGUAGAUGAGAACAUGUGGCUUUCUAACAACAUGUAUCUGAAGACAGUGGACAAGUUUAACGAAUGGUUUGUUUCUGCUUUUGUCACAGCUGGACAUAUGAGAUUUAUAAUGCUUCAUGAUGUAAGGCAAGAAGAUGGAAUUAAGAACUUCUUUAAUGACGUGUAUGACUUGUAUAUAAAGUUUGCAAUGAAUCCAUUUUAUGAACUCAAUUCUCCUAUUCGAUCCAGUGCCUUUGAAAGGAAAGUCCAGUUCCUUGGGAAGAAACACCUUUUAAGCUGAACAAGUAACUUUCCUGAAUGAAAGCAACAGAAACACACUUGAGGUAAAGUGAUCUCAUUCGUAUGACAUGGAGUCAUUAAGUUGGAGCCCUUCCACUAUUUUCUGCCUCCUCCCCAGCAGCACUGAUGGUUGGAAAAAUGCUAACAGUUAAGAUUCACCGAGGAAAUACUUACGUUAAAUAAUCAUAUGCAUGGCAGUUAACAAGUUUUAGCAGAGAUAAAGGAUUAGUGCUAAGUUUUCACCACUUUCAGAAACCGUGUGUGUGUGUGUGUGUGUGUUGAGAAUUGUAUUCUUUCCUGCCAGCACACAGUAGUAAGUUGUGUAAAACAAAAGCAUUUUCUCUCUCGCCUGAUCCCUGAAGGCAGUUAGCUGAACGGUGCCUGUUCUUAUGCCCCCCAUGUCUUUCCCCUUUUCUUCUGAAUAGAGUAAUUGUAAAUGGGAAAUGCAGUCUCAUAGGCCCAUCUAGGCAUUAGGGAAACAGACUCUUACUGGCCACAGGAAAGGGAGAAUUAUGUGCAAACUCAUUUCAUUAAUCACCGUAGAGGUUGUGGUGAGGAAUGUUGUCUCAUGACAGAAUUCUGAAGGGUCUUGGCCGGGUAGCCGAGAUCUCCCCGUGUAUGGUGGAACACUUGUUUAUGCUUUGUUUUGUGACUUUUUACAGUAAGCCGAAAGACUGCUAUCUGGAAGUGACAGAUGAAAGUUAUCUUGUGAUCAGCUGUAAGUCACACAUCUGCUCUAGUACGAAAGAUGCAGUUCUAGCACACAUCAGACAGUGAGCGUUUCCAGCCAUGUGAAGGUCAAUGGACAAAGCAGGAGACUCCUUUGCAAGUAUGAUGUUCAUACCCAGUCUCAGAGGCUUAGGAAUAAGAAUUCUAAUGAAACCUCUUGCAGUACAAGAAAGCAGGAGUUGUAACAUGAGCUGUUAGCUGUGUCCUAGCUACAGUUUCUUCUGCCCCUUCCCACUUUGCUGUCUGUUCCAAUGUUCCAAACUGUACCAGUUUGCCAUAGCAGUAUUCUUGCUCCUCAGUUUAAAGGAGAGCUGGAACAUUGCAUAUGCAUCACAGAGCAUGAUCUGUCACUGCACAGAACUCAAUAUUGCUAAUAGGACUCCCUAAUACUUAAGGUACAUUAAUACUUGAAAUGAAUCAGAGAAUUGAAACAUAAGCCACCAGCACCUACCUUACCUCCAUAUUGAAUGACAGAUAAAAAUCAAGCUUAAAAUGCCUAUUUGUUAUUAAGCAUGACAAAGGAUUUUUUAUAUAUAUAUAUACACACACACACACAUCAUCUACAUCUGCUUUUCACAGGACUUUUGCUUCUUUCAAGUACCUGAUGGUCUCCUCCACAGACCAAAUCCUGAUCUCAGUGUAAUUCCUAUGCUGCCUUUAUCGCCCCCCCCCCUUUAUCGCCAUUAGCCACAGUUGCGGUACAGCAGCUCUCAGGGCACAAGUAAUACACUUCUAUUGUAUUAAGUUUUAUUUAACUUUAUUUAACCUACUUCUCAGAUGGAGGCUUGGUAACCAUGAUGUUACAUGGAAAGGGGAUGGGAUGGGAAAAUGCAGGUGAACUCUUAGGCACAAGAAAGACCACAACAGUUCUCAUCCUUAAUUGUUUCCUUUUAACAAUCUUAUUUGAAUCAUAUAUCUAGUACUCUGGUCACAGUAACUUCAGCUCCUGUUUUGUUUCAACCUUACCUUUGCUAAAAUGAACAUUAAAGGAAGCUUUAAGUAGUAAGGGAAUAGCAUUUUACAACAAUUUCAUGUCACUAGCUUAGUAGCCCCCAACGCAAGCAAUCUUAGUUUUUCAAGCUUUUUGCUCUCUCAGCUUAAGAGGAAUUUAGCUAAGGUUUUCUUCACAAAUCUUUUCACUGACUAGAAAUUAAACAUAACAGAAGUAGCAGCUCAACCUAUAUUUAGCUGUUAGGUGACUGAAGCUUAAAACACAGUCCUGUUGCUGGAUACGCAAGACUGUAAGAAUGAAUUAGGCUUAGAACACAGAAAGGGUAAAAAGAUGUCACGUUUAAGCAGGAACAGCAGAUCUGUGGAGUAAAGUUGUCCUGGAGGGGGUUCAAGCAAGAAUACAAUACAUUCAGAAAAGCGUAUUAAGAGUGACAAGAAGGGUUUGUUUUGCAAGCUUUACUUCCAAGUAAUUACACCUGAUACAGACUAAACAGAUAGGUUAAGAGAAAACGCUUGCUGUUACUGUACUCUCAAGAAGGGCUUUUCUAUUGGAACGAAAGCAGAGUCUGUGUAGUUUAGCAAGUAACAUGGCCUGUCCUGUAGGCCUCAGACUUCCUUUUGAAGUCCACUGUGUGCGUACAUGCACGCCUGUCAGCAGUCAGAUUACACAUUGAAGCAACAGCGCACUAUCGAGUUUGCUAUUACAAGGAGAGCGGGUACUC